AUGGCGAACAAAAGCUUCCCUUAUGAGAUCAAACAAAUGAAUGUGUCGCAAGACGAAAUUGGGCAAAAGUAUCCCGGGCUUGUAAGCGUGGGACCCAAGGGCUUCGUUUUUCCAGAGAACUACAGGAAUUAUGCAGAGAAAUAUUACAACCUGGAAGUAAGGCCUAGUGACGUUUUUGUCUUUAGUUUCCCAAGAUCAGGAACUACGUGGACCCAAGAGUUAGUCUGGUUGGUGGUGAAUGAUUUGGAUUAUAAGACUGCAAACAAAAUAGCGCUGACAGAUAGAUAUCAGUUCUUAGAAUACAUACACAGCUAUACUGAUGAAAGAAAACGGAGUCUCUACGAACAGCACAAAAAUGAUGAGGAGAAGUUAAAAUUAGUCGACGUAGCUCUUCAAUCAGCCGUGGACGUACUACCAACGCUACCAUCACCUCGUUUCAUCAAGAGUCACUUACCAUUGUCAUUGUUACCACCAAAUUCGCUUGAUGCAAAAUUGGUGUACGUAGCGAGAGAUCCGAGGGACUGUAUCGUCUCUUACUAUCAUUUCACGAACUCCUUAAAGUUGGUUGAACCUCAGAAAGACUUCAAAGUCUUUUGGAAUGCUAUCGUUAAAAAUUUACAACCUUGGACGCCAUUUUUCGAGAAUGUAAAGGAGGCUUGGGAACAGCGGCACCAUCCUAACUUAUUAUUUAUAUUCUAUGAGGACUUGCGGAAGGAUCUCCUCUCAUCCGUCCGAAGGGUUUGUGACUUCUUCGGCAAGAAAUACAGUGAUGAGCAAUUGGAGAAACUCUGCGACCACCUAAGAUUUGAAAACUUCAGGAAGAACACCUCCGUUGACUUAAAUAUUAUGAAGGAGCUAGGUCUGAUGAGCACCGACAAGGAUUUUGUUAGAAAAGGUAUGUCUGGUGGAUGGAGGGACUAUUUCGACGAGGAGAUGACAGCAGUAACGGAUAAAUGGAUAGCAGACAACCUUCGCGAUACCGACCUACGAUUCCCAAGCAUGCAAUAA